GUUUAGCAACCGUCUAACACGUGAUCAAACGAAGAAGCAGACUUCGAGUAAAUACUUGCCAUGACUCAAAAACCUGAAAGAGUACCUAAAAAUCCAGUACAUCAAAAUGCCAUCCUUGUCGAGACAAUCAGGAAGGAGACAAGAACUCAGAAGCUGUAUACUAAUUACAGCGUAAAUCCUUUUCAUAAAAUUCAUACUAUUGCGCCAAAGCCUAAUUCAUUACAUGACGUUGAUGGAGAAGAAGAUGAGCAUUUUGUCAGUAUUAUGAAGCGAGCUCAACAAGAACCUACAAGAAAGUAUCUAAAUCCUCAAACUACAAAUCAAGAAUACGGGUGGAUUACUCAACCGUUGAUUGACAAAGAUGUGACAGACAAACGACUCCAUCAUCCUACAAAGAUGUCAGAAAUGACAAAAUUCAUGGAGACUGCCUGGCUAAUAAAAGAAGCUCAGGCAAACGCCACCACUCAAUAGUCAAUUUCCUCUACAAAUGUUUUUACUGUGAAUGCUAGAUCUGACUAAAUAAAAUAAUUCACGUCAUAUAAA